AUGGCGGCGGCCGGGGUCGCCAGUAUUGGAGCCGGAAUCACGAUGCCUCUCAUGACGGUCGUCUUUGGGAGGCUGGUCGCCAAUUUCAGCGAGUUUGGCGGGGGUAACGGGCCAACCAAGGCAGACUUCAGUCACACCUUGGACAGGCAGUGCUUGUACAUGCUUGCCCUUUUCAUCGCGCGCUUGGGUCUCAACUAUAUCAAUAAGUUCUCGUUCCGCAUCAUCGGCAUUCGCAUGUCGGCCAAGAUCAGAUUGCACUACCUUCAAUCCUUGUUCGGCCAGACGGUCCAUGUGUUGGAUUCCAUGCCGUCGGGCUCCGCUGCGGCCACCAUUACAGCGACGGCAAACACCCUCCAGCUCGGAAUUUCCGAGAAGCUGGGGAUUUUCCUCGAGUACAUGGCCACUAUCAUUUCCGCCAUCGUGGUCGCAUUCACUUACUCCUGGUCGGUAACGUUGGUCACUAGCUCAACAUUAUUGUUCAUUGUCCUUGCCUUGGGAUUCCUUCUCCCCUUGGCCAUCAAAUACCAUGCACAACUCACCAAGGCCGAGUCAAAAGCCGAUUCGGUUGCAGCCGAGGCCUUCAGUGCCAUCCGUAUGAUUGCUUCGUGUGGAGCUGAGACUCGGACCGUCGAGAAAUAUUCGGAAUGGAUCCGCGAAGCCAGACAGGCAGGGCAAAAGAUUGGCCCCGUUAUAGCUGUCCAGAUGGGUCUGAUUUUCUUCAGUUUCCAAGCUGGGUUUGCUCUGGCUUUCUGGUUCGGCACCAAGUCUUAUGUAGCGGGUCGUGUCGAUAACGUGGGCACUGUCGUUGUUGUUUUAAUGAGUGUAAUGCUCAUGGUCUCCGCACCGCUUAUCGCAAUUUCGAAGGCUUUAGUGGCUGCAUCAGAUUUCUUUGCUGUCAUAGAUACCCCCCGGCCGGUAGUCGGAACUAUUCAGGAACCGGUGGUGAAUUCGACUUCGGAUAUCAUUUUCGAAGACGUCCACUUCGCUUAUCCUAGUCGCCCCUCAAAGAAGAUUCUGGAUGGACUCAACUUGCGCAUCCAAGCCAACAAAAGCACUGCUAUAGUCGGUCCCAGUGGGUCGGGGAAGAGCACCAUCGUGGGUCUCAUUGAAGGAUGGUAUACCUUAAAUGAUCAGCCUACCAUCGCCAAAAUUAUCGAAAAGAAAAAGAAGCAGAAGGGCAAGAAGGAUGACGAUGAUGAGAGCGAGAAUGGGAAGGAACCUCAAGCCUCUCUUGAAGACCUGGGACCCCGUGUGGCGCUCAAGGGCAGCAUCUCUACUUGCGGCCACGAGAUUAAAGAUAUCAACAUCAAAUGGUGGCGUUCGCAGAUUGGCCUGGUGCAACAAGAACCAUUUCUUUUCAAUCAGACUAUUCACCAAAAUGUCGCUUCUGGCUUGAUUGGAACCCAAUGGGAAGACGAAUCCGAGGAGAAGAAACGUGAAAUGGUGAAAGAGGCCUGUAAAGAAAGCUUCGCAGACGAGUUCAUCCACAAGCUGCCGGACGCCUAUGACACACAAGUGGGUGAAUCCGGAAUCAAGCUCAGCGGUGGGCAACGACAACGAAUCGCGAUUGCUCGGAGCAUCAUCUCGAAGCCAAGUAUUCUCAUUCUGGAUGAAGCCACUUCUUCAAUCGAUGUCCGCGGUGAAAGGAUUGUACAGGCAGCUCUUGAAAGAGCGUCGAAGGGUCGCACCACGAUCACCAUCGCCCACCGGUUAUCCACCAUAAGAAACGCUGAUCAAAUCGUUGUCCUUCAACAUGGGAAGAUCGCCGAGCAGGGAACUCAUGCCGCUCUGAUGGCUAAGGCCGAUGGUAUCUACAAGGGCCUGGUCAAUAUGCAGCAGCUUUCUCUCGGGGAGGGAGACGAGAGUAAUCCUGUGAGCCAAGAACGUCCAGACGCGAUACCCGAGCCCGAGAAACACGCGAUUGAAAGCAAUGAUGCCAAGUCAGAGAGAAGCUCGCGGUGGGAGAAGCUGAAGCUAUUCAACAGCUUCGGACGACUUCUGCAGGAGCAAAGAAGCAGGUUUCCCUUCUACGCCCUUGCCUUGAUCUUCUCCGCGGGGGCCGCCACUGCGGUUCCCCUGCAAGCAUGGUUCUUUGCUCAUGUUAUCUCCGUUUUCUCAGAAACAGGACAACGUCUCCACCAUGAUUCGGCCUUCUGGUCCAAGUGGUGGGCUGUCCUCGCAGCCGGGGUUGGUGUCUGUUAUUUCAUUGUGAUAGGAGUAUCAACCAACGUCGAGCAUUUCAUUGCAGCCGUCUAUCGCCAAGAAUACUUCGAGUCAAUCCUCCUACAGAAAAUCUCGUACUUCGACCACGAGGACCAUGCAACCGGUCAAUUAACGGCCCGGCUUUCCAGCGACCCCAAUUCUCUAAAGGAACUUCUAGGGGUGAACACAUGUAUGCUCCUGGUUGGAGUUUUCUCGCUCAUCGGGUCUCUCGCCAUAUCCUUCGCGUACGGCUGGAAACUGGCGCUUGUCGCCUUAUGCGUCAUUCUACCCCUCAGUGUCGGAGCAAGCUUUCACCGGAUCCGCUACGAGAUGCAGUUCAACGAAAUGAACGAAGCGGUUUUCAAAGAGAGCUCCAAGUUCGGAGCCGAAUCGAUCGGCGCGUUCCGGACUGUCUCUGCUCUGGUUAUGGAAGAUAGUAUCUGCGACCGAUACGAGAACCUCCUCCACGGCCACGUGGUGUCCGCGUACAAAAAGGCGCGAUGGACUUCGCUCAUCUUCGCGUUUGCAGACAGUAUCGGCUUAGCGUGCCAGGCCCUCAUCUUAUGGUAUGGCGGUCGUUUACUUCUCAGCGGGGAGUACAGCGUCUUUUCUUUCUUCGUGACUUAUAUGUCCGUAAUCCAGGGAGCGGAGUCUGCUGGUCAAUGGCUCAGCUUCGGACCAAAUGCUAUUUUGGCUUCGACGGCCGCAAAUCGAAUUAUGGGUGUUCGCAGCACCCGCGUUAAUACUGGACAGGGGUCUUCGGGCACUCUCCCCGACACGACCGAGGGCGUGAAAAUCGAGUUCAAGGACGUGUACUUCAAACACCCUUAUCGUGAUAUCCCGAUCUUCAAGGGCCUGAACCUCACUAUUGAAAAGGGGCAAUACGCCGCCCUCGUUGGUGCCUCUGGGUCCGGAAAGACAUCCAUCGUUUCGCUCAUCGAGCGGUUCUACGAGGUUGAUGAUGGCCGCGUCCUGUUGAACGGGCAAGAUAUCACCACUCUCGGUCUCCAUGAAUACCGCCGAGUUCUGUCACUGGUGGCUCAGGAGCCAUCUCUCUUUGCGGGCACCAUUCGUGAGAAUAUUCUGCUGGGUGUCAACGAAGGCGAGGUAACAGAAGAACAGCUGCACCAAUGCUGCCGCGACGCAAACAUCCAUGAUUUCAUCAUCUCUCUUCCUGAAGGAUACAACACACAGAUCGGCAGCAAGGGCGUCAGUCUCAGUGGAGGGCAAAAGCAGAGACUCUCGAUCGCACGUGCCAUAGUUCGGAGCCCACAGGUCCUGCUCUUGGACGAGGCGACAAGUUCGUUGGAUUCUGAGAGCGAGAAGCUUGUACAGGCAGCAUUUGAACGGGCUAGGAAGGGCCGCACUACGAUUUCUGUGGCGCACCGCCUGGCUACAAUCCAGAAUGCAGAUGUGAUUUACGUUCUCGGAGAAGGCAAAGUGCUGGAGAAAGGCACGCACUCGGCACUCUUGAAAUUGAGGGGGGGUUUAUUGGCAGAUGGUAAGCUAAUAAGUUUCUGUUUGUCUUGCAUUAUAUCGCUCGGCUAA